AUGUCCCUGGCGCCUUACUAUUAUAGACCUCUUACGCCUCCAGAGGCUACCAGUGCUGCUGGCCAGCAGAGUCACUCUCGGAAUGUGUCGAACUCGUCCUAUUGCACAGUUGACACUUCGCCCGAGUCCGUAAUAACAGCUAAUACGACUCCGAGCCGUUCACCACUUCUACGUCAACAUGGUCCAACCUUGCUCCCAAAGAUCAGAACCCAGGAUUCCUCCUUGGAGCCCCGAGUGGUUGCUCGUCCUUCCGCUCAUCGACGAGCAUUGUCAAGUACGAACAUCAACAAGAAUGUUCGACCCGGCAUGUACAGGAGCGCGACUGAACCUGCGGACUGCAUCCCGAUGAUCUCGCCCGUCUCGAACGCUCCAAACUCGCGGUCGAAUUCACUCAUUCCCUCACCAGCCAUCUCCAAAGCAAAACUCAGCGUGCCUAUUAGGACACAUUCGCGCUCGUCGUCUGCUUCCAGCAUCAACGGCAGUGUCCUGACACGCUUUGGCUACCCAACCUACCGUCAAUUGCCCAUUUACAUGUCUCAUGACCAGCAGAGUAGACCGUCCCCAGACUUGUUUGCGACUACAUUCAUGCCCUACACGGAAAUACCUAUGCCCGAACCACCUCUCAUCACUCUCGAGGGCACCUUCGACUUGCCUAUUGACCUUGAGGCUAUUUCACGGCCUUGCUCAAUGAGUCCUCCACCGGUGCUCGCCCCAGUCUCCUCUACCAGCCUACUUAGCUACUUGACACAGUCAACACAGCCAAUGAACUUGGUCCGACAUCUUACAUAUCAAACAGGUCGUGGUCUCACAAACCAUUUUUGGUGGGAUGUCCGUAAUCUCAGGCCUUGGAAGUCAUUCUCGUUGCAGACGAUGUCGACAAUACCGGACCUGUUCAAUCUUCUAAAUUUCCAACACGAUACAUCAUGCCUUCCCAUCACCAACACGAACGCCGCCACCGUCACACCCUCAUCGGAGGCCGACCUCGCCGGUCUGAUCUCGAAAAUAUUCUUCCCAAAAGUCAAUGCUGCCACGAGGCUGUCGCUUGGUCACAAUGCCAUCUCGCUAUACCCCGUUCCAGCUCCAACCAGUACAGGCGUGAGCUCCAACGCAGCCAAUAUACCCACUUUCCUUGCCAACUAUCCCAGCGACAACGACCGCACCCUUUCAGGGCUCCCUCGUGGCCGUAUCGUCGGUCUUGUACGGUCGUUCGACCGCUGGAACACAGGUAUGCGCCGUGAAGGCCCAGCCCGCAAAGUGGAGUACCUCCGGACGCUGGCGCACCUGCAAAAAUGCAUGCGUGACCACAGCUGUCGGUAUGGUUUCAUUAUCACGGAGAUUGAGCUCGUCUGCGUCCGUGCUGGAUGUGACGAGCGCGGGCAGCCUUACUUUGGAUUUCUCGAGGUGGCAGAGGCGGUGGAGACCAAGACCUCGCUAAACAACCCUGAUGCUUUCAUGGACAGUGGUGCUGGGCACGUCAACAUGACGGUCAAUCUGGCGCUGUAUUACCUUCUCAUGCUCGCCAAAGCGACGCCACUGCCGGGACAGCCAGCCAGUUUCAUGGAUGUGGGAGGGCCAGGAGCAAUGACUCGGCAGAGAGUGUGGGACGGAGGCAAUGGUGAGAGUAUAGUCACGAUUGACGACGACGGCGAUAUCGAGGAACUGGGCAAGGAUGGCAAAGACAAAUGGAUCCCCGAACCGCAGAUGGGCGAGAAGAGGGAGGCACGAACUGUGAGAGGCUGGGUCUGGCCCAGUGAUCCCUGGCACAAGAGGGAAGGCGAGCGUGGCGAGCGUGGGAGUGGUGCGAGAGGUGGUAGAAGGGGAUGA